GCUUGGAGUCAAGCAGCAACAACGAGAAACGAUGGAUCGCUGGCUGAAACUAAACUGAAAGUGAAAGGGCCAACGCGCGAAUGGCCGAGAAUUGCUACCUAUAACCAAAAAUUUUAGUGCUUAUUCAAAUUCCAGAUAGUGGUAAUUAAUACGGUUAUUUCAAAUAAGUAAUGUUUUUAUUUGUUGAGUAUUUACUAUUUUAGUUAUUCUUAUGAAGAUGGCAGCUCCAGAAGAGAUAGAUAAUCAAUCCAAUACACGUCCAAUCAACUUGAAAUACAAGUUUGAAGCCGGGGAAAAGGUACUCUGCUACCAUGGACCUUUGAUUUAUGAGUCAAAAUGUCAGCAAGUGAGGAUUUGUGAAGAGGACAACACUCCCGAAUAUCUUAUUCAUUAUUUGGGAUGGAACAAGAAUUGGGACGAAUGGGUAGAAGAAAGUAGAAUACUGAAAUAUAAUGAUGUUAACGUAAAAAAACAGCAGGAGUUGGAACGAGCUCAAUCUAAAGGGAAGGAAAGAAGAAAGGUUAGAAGGAGAGGUACCAGUACGGAAACCAAACAAUCUGAUUCGAAGGAAUUGAAAAGUUCCGACUCCAGCUCCCAAGCUCCAGGCUCUUCUAAUCCAAUUAAAGGAGAUAUUUCGCAGCCAAUAGUAAAAGAAGAAAUUUCGCAGCCAAUAGUAAGAGAAGAAAUUUCGCAGCCAAUAGCAAAACCAGAGCAAAAUAAGACUGAUGAUGAGCCCACUCCAGUCAAUCAAAUACAAUUGGAAAUGAGAGAAGGCCACACUGAUAAGAUCAAUGAUGAAAAUAGUUGUGUAUCCAACUUGAUCACGAACAUUAAACAAGAAUUCGAUGCCGACAGCGAUCAGUCAUGUUCUGUUAAUAUCAAAGUGGAAGAUGAAUGUAGGCCUAUUGAAGGUGGUACAUCAACAGAUAAAGACUUGCAACGGACAUCAUGCAGAUCGUCAUUGGAACCUGCUAUCUCUUCUCCACAGUUAGAAACAGCAAACAUAACAAUUAAGAUAGAAUCUGGAAUUUCGGAUUCUGAAAUGGAUUGCGACGUAAAACGUGAAGAACUUGCUAGCAGUCACGCCGAAGUUGAAAAGAAUCCUCCUUCCGGAGAGAGCGACGUGGAAUUGCAAAAAUCUGAUGAUGUGCCAGCGAAAAUAAUGCGGAGAAGAGCCUCUGCAAGUGAAGCAAGUUCCUCCGAAGAUGGAGCAGAUGCUUCUCCUGUGAAGAGGAGGCAUUCGGUCGACUCGAAUCCCUCUCCGUCAGAAGAGUCUCAAGAAACGUUCCGCGCAACCCUCAGGCAAGAAACUGAUGAUCCAAUCGACGUAGACGCGACUGACGACGACGACGACGAUGAUGACUCUACACCUAGCCUAUUAGACCUAGCUAUGUUCUCAGCACCUCGACGAAAACCUUUCACAUUACCCGAAGAGAUGAUGAAUUAUGUAAUUGAUGACUGGCAUUUCGUGAAUAAGCAACGAAAGGAAUGUGACGUCACAACUUGGAAGUGUGGAGGAGGAGUUUAUCAUAGGAUUAUCAUCACGUAUUGUGUUCAUAUGAAAGGAAGAAAACGCAUGCCGCAUCCAGAUCAUGUUUUCACACAAAAUGCCAGUUCGUGUGAGGCACUAUAUAUCGUUAUGUUGGCUGCCCUCGAGGUUUCCGGCGAAGGAAAUUUUUGAAAGUUUCAUUUCAUGCGAGUCAUGUCACGAAGAUUUACC